AUGAUCCUUCAGCAGAAGUAUGUCAAGGAACUUCUCAAAAGAUUUUCCAUGAAAGAGGCAAAAGAGAUUAACACUCCUAUAAAUACUGCCACAAAACUUGAUUUGGAUGAAAUAGGUCCUAAUGUAGAGCAAAAGUUGUACAAAGGAGUGAUAGGUUCAUUACUGUAUCUCACAGCAAGCAGGCCAUACAUUAUGUUCAGUGUAGGGCUAUGUGUUAGAUUUCAAGAAAAUCACAAAAAGUCUCAUCUAAAAUCUGUGAAAAGAAUUUUUAGAUAUCUCAAAGGAACCAGUGAUCUUGGUUUAUGGUACCCAAAAAGUAAUAACUUCAAUUUGGUAGGUUACUCUGAUGCUGACUAUGCAGGAUACUUGGUUGACAGAAAAAGCACCACAGGCAUGGCACACUUCCUUGGAUCAUAUUUAAUUACCUGGUCCACUAAGAAACAAAACUCAGUAGCCUUGUCUAUUGCUAAGGCUGAAUAUGUUAUUGCAGGAUCUUGUUAUGCUCAAUUGUUAUGA